AUGGAAUUUGAUAUUAUUAUGAAAAUGGACUUUUCCAUUCGAGAUCUUUAUGAAGAUAUGGACAGAUUACACGUUGAACAAUCAAUUGGUCAUCGCAAGUCGGAUUCAUUUACUGUUUAUCGUGGUCAAGGUUUAGUUAAAACAGAUUUCAAUCAAUUAGUGAAAACAAAAUGUGGCUUAUUAUCUUCUAACAGUUUUUUAUCUACCAGCAAAAACCACAAUGUUUCAUUAAAUUUUGCUCGUCAUUCUAUGUUGAAUUCUGAUUUAAUUGGUGUUCUAUUCAUCAUGACAAUCGAUCCAUCUUUAUCGUCAACUCGAUUCGCUUCUAUCAAAAAUGUUAGCUGUCACCAGACAGAACGUGAAACUCUCGUUUCAAUCCGUAGUAUUUUUCGUAUUGGUCAUAUCAAACAAAUCGAACACGAUAAUGAUCGUCUCUGGCAAGUAGAAUUGAAAUCGGCAAACGAUGCUGAUUCUCAGCGUCACAAGUUUACGGAACGAAUACGACAACGAACGAUGGAAUUAACAGGAUGGCAUGGCCUUGGUCAAUUGCUAAUUAUGAUAAAUCAAUUUUCUAAGGCCGAAGAUUUAUACAAAGUAUUACUUUAG